AUGAAAACACUGGUAACGCAUCAAGGAACCGAAUACAAAAAUGCACUACUGAACGAUCCUUGUAAGUACCUUAAAAUCGACAAAGAAACAUCAACAGCCCAUCAUCAUCAGACGCUUGGCACGAAAUGUGUGGCUAAGCGACAUACCCCACCGCUAAGGCGGAGGCCGAAACAUGUCGGUCGUUUUCAACUGUUUAGCGAUGGUUUAGCAAAGUUCAGCGAUCGUUGUGUAAAUACCGUCUCCGAAGCCGACGAUUUACCGAAAACAGAAGCACAAGGUAUGUGGGUUGCACCUGCCGCGGGCUCGGGUUGCGUAUCUCUUUCGGCCAUGGUUUACGAAGGACUGCGUUCUUGGUUCUCAGAUGAUGGCCAAUUAAGUCAAGCAAUUUGUGAAAAGCGACCUGAUUCUAACACUGCCCAGAAAAUGUGUUGCGCUUGCGAUGAAGCGAAAUAUAGCUUCAUUUUCGAAGGUAUUUGGUCCGAUGAAACCCAUCCAAAAGGUUUUCCAUUCGCAGCAUGGUUGACGUAUUUCUCUGACAUCGUUAGAGCUUCACAAGAGAGCAAUUUUUCAUUUAUGGAUGUUUGGGGAGAAAAUCAUAUAGCCACUGAUGGUUUUCGUUCAUUGGCUGAAUUUGGUUCACCGAGUGCUUUAGAGGCUGAGCUAAGAGGUAAAGAGCCACGUUUAAGAACUUUAACAAAAGCUGCUGGUCUAUGGUCAAAGGCUUUGGAUUUCGAUUUGUAUCCGUGGAAUGCCGGCACCGCGACGGGCAUUUCUUGCAUGUCGCCGAUCUUGGAGACCCAGCCGAGAGAACGCAUGUAUCGCAUUACUAGAAUGUAUCCGGAAGACCCUCCUGUUAAGGGUAAACUUUGCUCUUCCGAACUGAGUAUACGCUCAACUUACAAAUAUCCUUUGCACAUAUGUAGUAUCAAUUUUACGGAACUGGGUUUUCGAUUGGAAGAUUUCCAGCAAUAUGGUUCCAAAAUAUCUCCUGAAGCAGUUACUACUGUUGGACGAAUUUAUUUCGUACCGGCCCUCUUGUGCGGUUCACGUUGUUAUAUAUUUCCUUAUACAGAUGAGGUGGUCACGUUUCUUAACAAUUUUAAAGGCAAUAAUCUUCACAUUCCUCAUUUUGAUGAAGUCGAAUGGAGACGACGGACCGAAUUGUAUCAUCAUUUUAAAUGUUCAAUUUCAAAUGAAUCUCAUCAUGAAUUAGAAUGGCCACAAUUAGUGGGUAGUGCUGCUGUACUGCCUACCACAGAAGUAAAUAAAACGCAGGAGUAUGUCGUAACAAUCACGCAUCCGGCCGACACUCCUAUACUGUGGGUGCGAACGCUUUAUAAACAAAAUGGAAAUGGGAGAAACCUGUUUUUCACGACUCCCAGUAGUCGUCUUUUUAUAAAUAUACAUUGGAGUGCAUGGUCUGAAUGUUCAGCUUCUUGUGGCAUCGGUAUUACAAUGAGAACGCGUUCUUUCAUCAAUCACUUAGAGCGGAAACGUUGUCCGCAUAUCAACAUCGUUGAGAAACAGAGAUGCAUGCAACCGGACUACGUCUUUAAGCAAAUAGAAUUGCCUGAUCCCAUUUGUCCCACUACGCAAUGGAGCGAUUGGAGUCAAUGCACAGCCAUUUGCGGCCGAGGCGUUACGAUACGCACCCGUUUGUUACUGUUAGAAGACGAGAGUAUUACGGAGAAUUGUACGAAGAAAUUGCAUUUGCACCAGCAAAAAGAGUGUUCGGUAUCGCAAGGCUAUACCAUCAGCCUCGACAUGGCCAAAGAUCUAUGUUCGGAACGUUUUGACGCAGCCCCUUGCCGUGGAAGUUAUAUGCGCUACGCUUAUAACAAGGAAAGUGGACGUUGCGAAACUUUUACGUAUGGUGAGGGUCGUGGGAAUCGAAAUAAUUUCUUAACUGAAACUGAUUGCCUAAAUACUUGCAGCAUUCUGGCAACAUCUAGUGUUCAAAUUGUAACAUCAAGAUUUAACUUUCCUGAAACCACUUAUGCUUCCCAUAUUCCAGAUGAUAGUGUACCAGAAGGUUGCAUUAAGUCAGAAUGGUCAAAUUGGUCAGAAUGCAGUGUUCGCUGCGGUCUCGAUUAUUCUGAACGUUAUCGCUACGUUAUCAAUGAACCUAAAAACGGGGGUCAGCCUUGUCCAAAACGCGCUGUUAAGAGGUGUCGUCGCACAAUGACUAAUUGUUAA